AUGGAAAAGGAAGAUAGAGAAGGAAAACAAUCUGAAGAUCUAGAACCAAGUAGAUGCAACCCAACCGAUGUAUAUGAUAAACAUAAAUAUGAAACAAGCGCUACAGAAUUUGUUAUUGAACAGAUGCUAUAUGUAUUAGGUGGAUACAUACUCGCUCCCUCACCCCUUCCAUCUGAUGCGAUAAAUCUAUGGUCAUGUAAAGAUAUUGAAAAAACACAGUCAUGUGAAUAUUGUUCAUGUGAUAGAUCAGAGAUCGCCUUUCCGCAGGUUUCAGUAGAACUUUUUGAUAGAAGAAUCGUAUUUGUAUCCACAAAGAGGGCUUGUAAAGACUGUUAUGAUAUUUUAAAUCUCAAAAAGAUUAAAUCUGCGGUUGAAAAUACACUAAUAGGAAAUCCGGAAGGAUUUGAAAGAAUCCGUGCACAGUUCGCAAAAGUUAACAGGAUAGAAAACAAAGAAAAAGUGAUACAAGAUUUAAUAUCUAUAGCAACAAGUCUGAAUUUAAUUUUGAGGUAUCAGUAUGUUCUCUAUCAAUAA